GGGCUCACCAAGGAGCUGCAAACCCAAACGAGAAAUCUAGGGAGCAAAAGGAGAGGAAAGAGUGAGCUUGAGCCAAGACAUCAGGCCAAGUGGAACUGGAGGAAAUGUCAUCAUUGGUAAAGGAGGACUUGGAGAAGAAACUGUUUAAGCCACUCUCGCAGAAUCUGUACGAGUUUAUUGAAAUAGAGUUCUCCGUCCAGGACAGGUAUUACCUCUGUGUGUCAGUGACCAAAAAGGAAGAAGUAAAAAUAAUCAUGGUGAAACACUACAGGAUAGGCUUAGAUGAAAAAUAUGAAGUAACAAAAAAGUGGUCUUUGAAUGAUCUGAAGAUGAUUGAUGGAAAAGAAGCAGAUACUGACAAUCCAUUUUUUGAUCUGCACUUCAAGAAAGUGUACAGUUUGGAAGCAUAUAGCUGUGCUUCUAAAUAUGCCUUUGCUCGAACGGUAAAUAAGCUGAAUCAUGCAUAUCUGAAGAAGGACUUACAGAUUGUGAACUUUGAUUCUACAUACAUUAACGAUGAUUCCAUUUGGUCUUCCAACAAUAAGGAUUGUUUGGUCCUUAUGAGAAUAUGCUUUUAUGCUUUCAAUCUUGUGUGCUUGUCCCUAUGUCCCUUGCCACUCUGAAGCUGUGUACCACAUUCCUUCAUCAGUGACC